CUAAGGAUACGGUUACUAUAGUAAUAACUGUAAACACUGGAAUUGCAGUACCCAAGCUAGUGUGUUAACAGCAACAGAAAGAAAUGACACCUAAAGAACACAACUUUCUUAAAGCCAAAGAAUGACAUGGGAAACAGACUCAGAAAGGACUGACUCUAAAUUUCAGAAAGGUGAAGAUGAUCCCACCAAGAGAGUUAGUACUGAUUUCAAGAAAGUUGGCCAUCUCGACAUUACAGUUCUUUGCUCUAUAUGCCAUGAAGCAGUCUAUAUUAGACAACUUUUCUAUCACAAACGAGCACAUAAGGCACAAUUUGCACUAGGUUAUCAGAGACCAUGGACUGAGACACUAGAUAUAAACAAGUUAGCCCGUCGGCAAAAAGAGCUAUUUUUAAGAAUGAUAACUUCUCCUAAAUAUACUGAACAAGAAGCACACAAGAUCGACUUUUCAUUGGAGUUCCUAAAGGAGAGCCUAAAAAGCACACCGUAUUUCUGUAUCAACAGUGUUGAGCAAAGUUCUGUACACACUAAAGAAGUAAGCAAUCCAGUUAUAAAAGCCAUAGCAAUUUGUCAGGACAGAAAUAUUCUUUGGCGUGCAAACUUAGAAGAUGUAUUUGUUGUACUAGACAAUUAUGGAAACAGGCCUGGAACAUGCUUUUUUGGACUCUUUGAUGGAAGCAAUGGUAUUUCUGCUGCAGAAACCACUUCAGCUGAGCUUCCCCUUUUAUUACUUGACCAGCUUGCUUGUAUAGAUUCCUCCUACCAAGUGAGUGCUGCUGAACGACUAGCACUAGAUUCAUUUCUCACUGUCUUUAGGCCAGAUUAUAGUGUAAGAGAAAAAAUUUUCACCUCUAUGACAAGCCAGUCCAAGAAACUUCUGCCAAGCAAUUACAAAUGGAUUCACCAAGCAUAUGCCAAGUCCUUUUGGCGAAUGGACAGGCUUUUACGACUGGGAAGAAACGAAGCUUCCAGGAUUCGCUGGAGUAGCUGCUCAGCUGUCACCUGUUUAGUGGAAAAGAUAAUCAGUGAAAAGCAACACCAACCAACUCAAAGGGAGGAAACACUUCAAAGGAUGAGUGGGGAAAAUGAAAGGAACAACAUGAAACAGGAGGAGCUGGCUGAUAAUUCAAGCAUUGUAGAGGGGAAAAGCAUCAUAGCACAAGGAGCUCCAUGUGUCAGCGAUAAAAAGCCCAGCAGCAAUGACCAACAAGAGGAGAAGCCUCUUGAAAAAAUAAAUGAAGAGGAAAAAACUAUCAGAGAGGAUAGCAAAUGUUUUAUCAGUAACAAAGACAGGCUCCAGGAACAUCAGCUGACGAAGAAUAAUAAUUCUACAGAGUCUGAAGAAGGUAGUGCUGGAAUAAUGCAUAUUGCUAACAUUGGCAAUGUUCAUGUGGUUCUAUGCAAAAAUGGACAAAGCUAUUGGCUUACUAAAGAACAUACCACUUACUCUGCAAAAGAAAGAAAACGCGUGCUUCAAAAUGGAGGCUAUAUCAGCUCUAAUGAACCCAAAGGAAUGGUUGAAGGAAUUAUCAGACCUACUCGUGGACUUGGCUAUCAUGGAAACCCACAGUUAAAAAAAAGCGUAAUUCCUGUACCUCAUACAAUUUCCAUUCCAGUAGAUGAUUCAUGUCAAUUUCUUAUUUUAGCUUCUAAUGGACUUUGGGAAGUUCUAGAUAAAAAUGUAGUAGUGACAUUAGCACUAAUUAUGUACUCUGCUUUUUUAGAACAAUAUCAACAUACUCAGCUACAAAAGAUCCGCAUGGCUGAAAAGUUAAAACUGGACAAGCAGGAUUCUGAAGACUCUUUUUUUACAUGGCAUUUGAAGCCAGAUUUUCUUUUUUCAAAGGAAGAUUUUGAAAAAGACAAUAUGGAACAGAACAGUACAGAGAUAAGUUCACCAAUAAGCAGUGGCUCAACAGGAGAAGAGAGAAGUCCAUUUGGCUCCUUAGUGGGAAGCUCGAGAGAGCAAAAAUUAGAGAGCCCUUCAGAAGAAGCUGUUAAAUCCUGCACAUUUAAUGAGGAUACAUCAUCUUCAAAUGACACAGAAACGAUCUCAUCAAGCUCUGGCAGUCAAACCAGUUCUAAGGAAUCACAAGUGCUUGAUGAACAGCAUGUAUCUAGCUGUUUUGAAUCAACUGACAGUCAAGAAUCAUCUUCACAAACAGAUGGUGAAGAAACAGAUAUUACAACAUUUUAUGCCCAUGCAGCAAAAUAUAUUAGUAAACAUCUUGUAAAAGCUGCACUUCGAGCAGGUUCCCGAGAUAAUAUUUCUGUUUUGAUAAUACUCUUAAAUGGAUGUGAUAAGAUACCCACUUAUGUUCAGCCCAGUUAUGAAGGUAGUCAGUGUGAAAUAUGAAAUGCAACUGUAGCUCUAGUCUUAUGACAGAAAAAAAGAACUGAAAUGAAUGCAUAAAACCGAAAUUUAAGAAUGACUGCAAUGAUUUCCUGUUUUAUACCACUUUAUUCAAACCUGAGCACCUCAAUAUAAAACUAAACACUGGUGAACUGUCAUCUUCCUUGCUAAGCCCAAAUUACUGCAAAUUUACAAUCUGCACAUGUAAGUUUCUGCUAGCAGUUCAACAUUUAAAUAGAUUAAAUCAUCUUUUCUGACACUUGGUAGAUUUCAUAUAAUGAAAAUAACUAAAGAAUUAGUGCAAUAUACUGGACAGAUCAAAAUAAAAUGGACUUUGGAAAACAAAGUUGCAGAGUUCAUUACAGACAGACAGUAGUACUUAUGUUACAGGUACAGGAGCAUCAUUUAUUACCGUUCCAUCCAUGAAGGAAGAACUUAAUCCCCUCAAGCCCUGGGGGAAAGAAAUGUUAGCUCUUUAAAGUAACUGUACAUAUUGUAUACUUUUAAGCAACUUUUAAAUAGUACAGAGUAUUAAACAGAUGUAGACUACAAUGCAGUACCCUAUUUACAGUACAUUAAUAUCCCAAUUUAAAAUCAAGUUAAAUGUACAUAAUUGUUAGUGCACUGACUGGUUUGACUUUUAGAGGGACAUAACUGUUUUGGUCAACAGUGAUUAAACACAAAUCAGACUCCUCGUUUUUGUUUUACUUGGAAAACUCUCAAAAGCUCAUGAAAAACUCUUGUUAUGUUAGCAGUUGAAUUCAUUGGUUCUGCCAUUUUAUAAACAGAAAACAAACUUGAUUUUAUCACUUAAAACUGGGUUGACAAAUUUACAUAUAGCGUAACAACUAAAAAACCAAUUGUUCUGAAA